UCUUGAUUUCGCAGUCGGGCGCGUGCGCGACAGUUGCCCACCUUGAGCGGUUCGUGGCCGCUCUUUUUCCGUUUCUCUCUGGUGCCAACAACGGUGCCGCUGAGAGGAUGACAUCGGGAGCCGGACAGGCCCCCGAGACCCAGCUGAGCUGGGCGGCGACGGUGCAGAGGCUUUUCCACCUGGUUAAGUAUGAGAAUUUGGUGGCCGGCGUGAGCGGCGGUGUGGUGUCCACGCUGGUGCUGCACCCGCUCGAUUUGGUCAAGAUCAGGUUCGCAGUCAGUGAUGGGUUGCAGAUGAGGCCAAAAUACAAUGGGAUUGUACAUUGUAUGAGGAGCAUCUGGAAACAGGAUGGAAUACGAGGGCUUUACCAAGGAGUAACCCCAAAUGUCUGGGGUGCAGGUUUAUCUUGGGGAUUAUACUUCUUCUUUUAUAAUGCCAUCAAGGCCUACAAACAGGAUGGUCGACCAGCUCAACUUAGCGCUACUCAGCACCUUAUCUCAGCUGCUGAAGCUGGUGCUGUAACACUUUGUAUUACAAAUCCGAUUUGGGUGACGAAGACACGGUUAGUCCUGCAGUAUGAUGCAGGGGUCGAUCCAUCAAAGAGGCAGUACAAAGGCAUGUUGCAUGCCCUUUUGAAAAUAUAUCAAAAUGAAGGUAUCCGUGGACUCUACAAGGGCUUUGUGCCAGGACUUUUUGGUACAUCGCAUGGUGCUCUCCAAUUCAUGGCUUAUGAGGAACUGAAGAAAGAAUACAGUAUAUAUAAGAAUCUGGCAACAGAUGCAAAAUUGAAUCCUUUAGAAUACGUAACAAUGGCAGCAUUGUCCAAAGUUUUUGCUGUAACAGCAACGUAUCCUUAUCAAGUAGUGCGCGCUCGGCUGCAGGAUCAGCAUACCCAAUACUCUGGAGUAAUGAAUGCUGUAUGGAGAACAUGGAGGAAUGAAGGUGUUCACGGAUUCUACAAAGGAGUUGUUCCAAAUGUGCUGAAAGUGACUCCUGCCUGUUGCAUUACAUUUCUGGUAUAUGAAAAUGUAUCUCAAUUUUUAUUUGGCUUCCAUUAAUCCUGAACUUUGGACUUGUCAGCAUUUGAAUCACGGAGGAAUAUCAUUUUACCAAAAUAAAUCUACAAGAAAGAGAAUAAUGUCAAGUGCUCUGUAGCAACCACUUUCAGCACCCCCAGCUGUUGCAGUAGUAUUUUAAAUGCUGGUGUUAAAAUAUUAUUGGUUUCAUUUUAUAAAUCUGUAAUGAUAACAGAUAUAGAUAUGUUCAUUUUUUUUUCAUUCAUGGGAUGUGGGUGUCACUGGCAAGGCCGGUGUUUAUUGUCCAUCCCUUAAACUCAAGAGUUAAACUUAUGAAGGUCAGAUGUUACCUCUUGAUAACAUUCUUUUUAAUAUUUAAUAUUUUCCUUUUUAAAGGAUCAAAUUUCCUGACACUAUAAUCAACAAGUUUACAAGGAGCAACUAAUGUCAAACUGAAUUGAUAAGUUUAUGUUUUAUAUCCUUGCAGUGGUCUUUUGUAAUAAAAUACAUUUGGUACAAUAAUGCACUCUUAAUUAAUGGGUGUUUAUCUAUUUUAAAAUGUAAUUUAUUAAGUAAAGUUAAUUAUGGUUCAGUAGGAAAAGUUUAUGUACUGUGCUCUGGGAAAAUUUACAAUCCUAUAUAUAAAUGUCAUAUAAUAUUGCUAAAUCUAAAUAUUGUAAUGAGCCUUGUUCCAAAUGGCAGAACUAAAUAAAAUGUUAAUUUUAA